AUGUAUGUGGGCCGGGACAAAAGUGCCUGUAGGCGUAAGCAAGUCAUACUCUGGUCCUGCAGCACAAACUCGACUCGCGUGGCGCGCAUUUGUCGUCGAAAACCCAUGAUACUUAGUCCUUGUGCGCCGGCCAAGCCAGCUGGCGCCAGCGGCGGUGGCAUGCUGCAUGGCCCACGCUUGGUGUUGAGGGGCAAUCCUCGCACGCCGCCCCAUUACUCGCUACUACUUACUUUACUUACUGCUACCGCUACCGCUACCGCUACCGCUACCGCCCACACGCUAGUCUUGCCCACUCCACCUUCCCUCUCCCACCCACCACUACCCCGCCAUGUGACGCAACCCAUCCCCCUCCGUCCCUGUCUGCACUACGUCUCCCCCUACGCUACGCUACACUACACUACACUACACAAGCACACGCCGUACAAAGUGUAA